AUGGGUGAUGAUGGUACAAAAUAUAUUGGAGAUUGGAAUGCAAAAGGAUUAAAGCAUGGUGCUGGUUCUUUAUUGCUUCCUGAUGGAACACGUUAUGAUGGAGGUUUUCAAAAUGGACUAUGUUCUGGUUUAGGAGUUAUAGUAUUUCCAGAUGGAGCAAAAUACGAAGGUGAAUUUAUGCAAGGUUGGUUUCAUGGUCAUGGUGUGUUUUGGAGAUCAGAUGGUAUGAAAUUUGAAGGAGAAUUUCGUGGUGGCCGUGUAUGGGGAUUAGGAUUAGUUACAUAUGCUGAUGGAUCACAUGGUUUCCCUAGAAAUGAAGGUUUCUUUCAAGAUUGUAAACUUGUACGUCGUAAACAUUGCCCAGACAUAGUACAGAAAGCACAGAAGAUUUCUAUGAUGGCUCGUACUCAAUGUAGUUAA